AUGAUCUUGGGAUGGUACGAGUCCGACUCCUUGUUCGGCGGAUCAUGGGGGGCCCGAUCCUCGCACGGCGGCCGUGUAUGGGUCUCCAGGUCCGGCACAGCGAUGUUCGAUGUCGACAGCACGUUGGACAUGGAUUCGCAAAUAACUGUAUCUGGUGUCGGCUAUAUUUCCAUACACACGUCGUGUGACGAUGCGUGUGUGACGCUGAUGGACCGGUUUUCGCGCAGUCAACGGCCCAAAAUCGUGGCAGAGCGUAAACAUACGCUGGACUCGGCGAACGCAGGCGGUGUUAUUCCUACGGACGCUGCGAUCCACAACAGAACCUACGUUGCGCUGCUGACGCAGGAGUUGCUCAAGGAGUACGGCUGGAUAGGUGCUAAUCGGCCAGACCUGGUCUGUGCCACGCGCGGACCGGGCAUGGUUGGGUCCCUGGUAGGCGGCUACCAGCUGGCACAGGGACUCAGUGUUGCGUGGGACGUGCCUUUGGUGGGGGUCAACCACAUGCUUGGUCAUCUCCUGACUCCAAGAUUGCAGUCUAAUGGCAAAGCUCCCGAGUUCCCGUUCCUGAGUUUGAUGGCCAGCGGAGGCCACACUAUGUGCGUGCUCAGUCACAGUUUGGUGGAUCACGAGAUCCUCGUGGACACUCUAGACAUUGCGGCGGGCGACGCCUUGGACAAGUGCGGCCGCGAGCUGGGAUUUAGCGGUAACAUGAUUGGAAAAGAACUGGCUACGUUUGUGGAGAAAAAUGCUGGAUUGAUAGACGAAGAGCCGCUAUUCACCUUCAAAGAACCACUUCUCAACGCGCCAGGACGCAAAAACGUGAUUGCGUAUUCGUUUGGAUCGUUUAUCUCCCAAUUGAGAAGCCAUCUCGAUAGACAUUUCCCUUCAAAUGAGCUGAACGACCAUGCGCGAGCCAACGUUGGCCACCAGCUGAUGAAGACCGUUUUCCAGCACAUGUUGACCAAGAUCAGGCUGGCACUCAAAAUGAGACGGGUCUACGUGAAGAGCUUUGUGUGUUCCGGAGGAGUGGCCUCGAACCAACUGCUGCGCAACAUGAUCAAACAACAGCUUCCGUUUAUCAGAAAGAAGUAUUUCCCAGAGCCACGAUUGUGCAUAGAUAACGCCACAAUGAUUGGCUGGGCGGGAAUCGAGCUGUACGAGUCCGGCGUGGUCACUCCGAUCGGCAAAACCGUCGUUAGAAAAUGGCCAUUAUCAGAACUGGACGACCGGCGGAAACACCGCUCAGAGUUCGCCGUCGUGUCGUCGCGCUGGUCCUGCUCCAUCAGCUCAGACGCAGUACGUUUGUUGGCUGUCUUUGAAACGCCCGUUCGCGAGUCGUCUGCGAGUCGCUGCUUCGUCACACGUGACCUGCGCGUGUUUUCCAGCGGUCCCAGCAGAAAAUCCGUGGUUGGGGCUCUUCGAGAGCAGUUCAUGAACAACAGCCCAACACCAAUCCAAUUGAAUCGCGACAUGCUGCGGUCGAUCGCAGACUCCUCUUCAAAAAUAUCUUCCUGGCCUGAAAACUGCUUCAUGAAGUUGUUUGUAAACUCGUUGAAAUCCAAAACGCGCUGCGAUCGUCCCAAUUUCAGGUUCUUUGUCGCCAGCUUGGCCUGUAAACCGAUUUCCUUCAAUGUGGCCGAGUCUUUGGCAACGAUGUUCGAUUGGAUCGAUGUUUUUGUCUCGGAGAAAAGAUGGUCGGCUAAGUCCAGCGACUUCGCCACCGCCUUGAUGCCGUUCUCGCGCGCAAUUUCUGUUCGCUGGUUGACCAGAUCGCGGUCAAGUCGACGAUACUUCGCGUGUAACUCGAACUGUUCGCGUUCUGACAUCUCACGCUUGGAAACCUCUGAUUCCGACUCGGGCGACGAAUCGGACGACGAAAACUCGUCUUCAGAAGACCCUGACUCCUCGGACUCUUCCUCGGACUCCUCAUCCACGGAUGGAUCGUCAUGGUGCAAGGAUGCAAAGUUGGGCUCGUCGGCGAAAGGAGACGGUGAUAUGAGAAUCGGGUGUUCGGUAGACGGGGCAGGGAACGAGGACGGGCGGCCGACUUUGGUUGCCGUGCCUAUGAACGUGUUCAAGUAUUGCAAGAACUCCAGAGACCCGGUCAGAAUGUGCGGAAUCUCUGUGCCACCUUCUCCCACAAACGCUGCUACCACCUGCUGGCCCUCAGAAAAGUCUUCGCACAUAGACCACUGGUUGUGGUGUUCUUUCCCCGUUGUGAGGUCUUUCAGGAAAUGGACAGCGAACUUUGGCGGAGCAGCGAGUUGCAGCUGGACUUGUUCCGUUGAAUCUGCCGUUGCCUCCCGCUGCUCUGAGUUUUGGGUUCUAUAA